AUGCUCACUUCUGUUGAUUAUGAUGAGCAUGAGGGCAAUGCAAAUGAUCCACCUUAUCAGGAUUUCACUGCAUAUCAAAGGCUCAUUGGAAGACUGUUGUAUUUGACAAUCACUAGACCUGAUAUUAGUUUUGUUGUUCAGGUUCUAAGUCAAUUCAUGCAAUUUCCUAAAAUGUCACAUUGGGACGUUGCUUUGAGAUUGGUGAGAUAUAUCAAAAAGUGUCCAGGUCAAGGUUUGUUGAUCAACAACAACUCUAGCACAACUUUACAAGCUUAUUGUGACUCAGACUGGGCUGCAUUCCCCAAUACUAGAAGAUCUAUAACAGGCUAUGUCAUUAAAUUGGGGCAGUCUCUUAUCUCUUGGAGAUCCAAGAAGCAACAAACAGUAACUAGAAGCUCCGCUGAAGCAGAAUACAGAAGCAUGGCUACUGCAGUUUCAGAAAUUGUUUGGUUGUUAGGCCUGCUAAAGGACUUGUAUGUGUCACAACUCAAUUUAGAGUCACGCAGGCACCUACCCUUCCCACCUCGGUAG